AUGUCCGGUCUUGAGAUCUCAUCCUAUCCCCUCCGUGCUCAUCCUGUUGCUAACGCGACCGGUCGCUUUUCCAGCUAUGUCUUCGCCAACUUCCAGAUUCAACUCCGUGCGAAAGCCGACCAGGUGACCGCGUCGAAAACCAUCCCCACCUUCCUCGCCCUGUACAGUUUUGGUUUCAUUUACGAGCUGGUGUUGGUGUAUGAUGCUUUGCGAAUGAAAAACACGAUUCAAGUUAUCGGCCUGUGUAUGUGCAAUGUUGGACUGUUGAUCUACGGAGCCGUGCAAGUGCAGCAGAUCAAAGAAGCCGUGGGAGUCUUGACCGACAACAACGCCAUCAACGAUGAUAUCUGGGGGGAAUCGGAACCGUUCCUGAUCAUCAUCCCCUGCGUGGUGGCGAUGGGAACCCUCUUGAUGACGAUCAUCGCCUGGAAACUCUACGAUGAAUUUGCGUGGUCCAUCUACAAGCACAUCAGCGCUGAUUUGCAGAUGAAGCGUCGAUAUCUCACUUACCAGGUUCGCUCCGCCCGAUAA